AUGCUGCAAUCUAGCAGCAACAGCAGCAGUAACAGCAGCAACACCCCCACGACAUCACCCCUCCAACGUGCUGCCGGCAUGAGCACUGAGAGGGAUCCAGACACAGUCUACACCACCAGCCAGACACAGUCCACACCACCAGCCAGACACAGUCUACACCACCAGCCAGACACAGUCUACACCACCAGCCAGACAGUCUACACCACCAGCCAGACACAGUCUACACCACCAGCCAGACACAGUCUACACCACCAGCCAGACAGUCUACACCACCAGCCAGACACAGUCUACACCACCAGCCAGACACAGUCUACACCACCAGCCAGACACAGUCUACACCACCAGCCAGACACAGUCUACACCACCAGCCAGACAGUCUACACCACCAGCCAGACAGUCUACACCACCAGUCAGACACAGUCUACACCACCAGCCAGACACAGUCUACACCACCAGCCAGACAGUCUACACCACCAGCCAGACACAGUCUACACCACCAGCCAGACACAGUCUACACCACCAGCCAGACAGAUUACACCACCAGCCAGACACAGUCUACACCACCAGCCAGACACAGUCUACACCACCAGCCAGACAGUCUACACCACCAGCCAUACACAGUCUACACCACCAGCCAGACAGUCUACACCACCAGCCAGACAGUCUACACCACCAGCCAGACAGUCUACACCACCAGCCAGACAGUCUACACCACCAGCCAGACACAGUCUACACCACCAGCCAGACAGUCUACACCACCAGCCAGACACAGUCCACACCACCAGCCAGACAGUCUACACCACCAGCCAGACACAGUCUACACCACCAGCCAGACACAGUCUACACCACCAGCCAGACACAGUCUACACCACCAGCCAGACACAGUCUACACCACCAGCCAGACAGUCUACACCACCAGCCAUACACAGUCUACACCACCAGCCAGACACAGUCUACACCACCAGCCAGACAGUCUACACCACCAGCCAGACAGUCUACACCACCAGCCAGACACAGUCUACACCACCAGCCAGACACAGUCCACACCACCAGCCAGACACAGUCCACACCACCAGCCAGACACAGUCUACACCACCAGCCAGACACAGUCUACACCAACCAGCCAGACACAGUCUACACCACCAUCCAGACACAGUCUACACCAACCAGCCAGACACAGUCUACACCACCAGCCAGACACAGUCUACACCACCAGCCAGACACAGUCUACACCACCAGCCAGACACAGUCUACACCACCAGCCAGACAGUCUACACCACCAGCCAGACACAGUCUACACCACCAGCCAGACAGUCUACACCACCAGCCAGACAGUCUACACCACCAGCCAGACACAGUCUACACCACCAGCCAGACACAGUCUACACCACCAGCCAGACAGAUUACACCACCAGCCAGACACAGUCUACACCACCAGCCAGACACAGUCUACACCACCAGCCAGACAGUCUACACCACCAGCCAGACACAGUCUACACCACCAGCCAGACACAGUCUACACCAACCAGCCAGACACAGUCUACACCACCAUCCAGACACAGUCUACACCACCAGCCAGACAGUCUACACCACCAGCCAGACACAGUCUACACCACCAGCCAGACACAGUCUACACCACCAGCCAGACACAGUCUACACCACCAGCCAGACACAGUCUACACCACCAGCCAGACAGUCUACACCACCAGCCAGACACAGUCUACACCACCAGCCAGACAGUCUACACCACCAGCCAGACAGUCUACACCACCAGCCAGACACAGUCUACACCACCAGCCAGACACAGUCUACACCACCAGCCAGACACAGUCUACACCACCAGCCAGACACAGUCUACACCACCAGCCAGACACAGUCUACACCACCAGCCAGACACAGUCUACACCAACCAGCCAGACACAGUCUACACCACCAUCCAGACACAGUCUACACCACCAGCCAGACAGUCUACACCACCAGCCAGACACAGUCUACACCACCAGCCAGACACAGUCUACACCACCAGCCAGACACAGUCUACACCACCAGCCAGACACAGUCUACACCACCAGCCAGACACAGUCUACACCACCAGCCAGACACAGUCUACACCACCAGCCAGACAGUCUACACCACCAGCCAGACACAGUCUACACCACCAGCCAGACAGUCUACACCACCAGCCAGACAGUCUACACCACCAGCCAGACACAGUCCACACCACCAGCCAGACACAGUCUACACCACCAGCCAGACACAGUCUACACCACCAGCCAGACACAGUCUACACCACCAGCCAGACAGUCCACACCACCAGCCAGACACAGUCUACACCACCAGCCAGACACAGUCCACACCACCAGCCAGACACAGUCUACACCACCAGCCAGACACAGUCUACACCACCAGCCAGACACAGUCUACACCACCAGCCAGACAGUCUACACCACCAGCCAGACACAGUCUACACCACCAGCCAGACACAGUCUACACCACCAGCCAGACACAGUCCACACCACCAGCCAGACACAGUCUACACCACCAGCCAGACACAGUCUACACCACCAGCCAGACAAACACCCUGUUGGACCACCAGACACCCAGUCAGACAUCAGUCACACAUACAGUCAGACACCCAGUAAGACACCAAGCUAG